AGAAAAAGAAACAAAAAAAAAAAAAAAGGUCGAAAUCGUUUUUGACUUUUUCAACAGAAACUUCUCUUCUUGUCUUCUUUAAAUAUUCAAAUUCUUUGUUCCACUCUUUGUGUAAACUCUUAUUUUUAUUUUACCUCUCUGUCUCUUCGUUGGAAACUCGGAAGCUUCGAAUAUGGCGAUGACUUGUACAGAUGAUGAUGAAACAGCCCUUUUGAUCUCUCAUCAUCUCAAUCAAGAACAAGAAGACGAAGACGAAGAAGAAGCUUUGUCUCUAUGUGAUUUGCCUGUGAAUUCACUACCGAACGAGAACAACAGCGAGUUACGAUCGAUUGCCAAAGAAGACGAUGAAGAAUUCGAAUUCGGAAUCGGGUCAUCGUUUAGAGCCGGGUCGGAUUCUUGUGAACCGGCUCCGGAGAUGAGCACAGCCGACGAAUUGUUCUUCAAAGGACGGAUCCUUCCGUUACGUCACUCCGUCAGUUUAGACGCCGGGGCCGGUCUUCUACUUCCCGAACCAACCCGGUUAAUCACGAGAUCCGAAUCGGUUGAAUACAGACGAACCGGAAUUAAUAGAUCGGACCGGAAAAUCAAAAACAACAAUUUCAUCGAUUACAGUCAACCGAGUCCGCAGCCACAGAUUCGAAGAUCGUCGAGCAUGACGGCUCGUGUGAACUCCAUCAGAAACCCUAAGUCAUCUACGAUUUGGGAUUUUUUGAGGUUAGGACUCGUCCGUACGCCGGAGAUUGAGCUCCGAACAAACGGGAAAGUGUCAGUGAGUCGGAACAGUAGCUGUAGUAGUACGAGCACGAACUCGAAUUCGAAGAAAACAGGAGAGACGACGACGACGAGAUCGAGGAGUCGGAGGAGAAGCUUUUUGUUCUCGGAUUGUAAAUGUUCGACAGCGACGGAGACGAUGACGGUGGUGCCUGUGAAAAUCAAAGAUGAGAGGAAGGUGGUGGAGAAGAAGACUUCGACGGCGAAGAAAGAGGAGAAAACGGCGAUGGCGAGGAAGAGAACGUUUGAUUGGUUAAAAGAAUUGUCACAGGUUGGUUUCGUCGUCGAUCAUGGAAGACGAAGCUUAGUCUGAUUUCUUUAAAAUUGUUUUUUUUUUUUGUUUGUGUUAUAAUCAUUACUACGUACGUGAUUUUCUUUUUGUAUGUUAGUGUUAAUUGUUAAUUAUAUAUACUUUAGUUUUUUUUCUUUCUAAUGAUUUAUGUUUUGCAAUGAGUUUUGAUAUUAGGAUGUAAUUUUUUUUCAUCCUUAUGAGAAGAUUUAAUACGGUUUGAAA